AUGUCCGGUUUCAUGCAAUUAAUUUUACCUGAUUAUACAAAAGAGGUCCCACAAGCAAAAUGCUGCAUAGCUUGCCUCAACAAUAGUGUUACUUGCAUCGAUUUAUUCACUUGUAAACAUGCUAAAGUCUUUGAAUAUCUAUUAAAUUAUAAGACACAAACAAACAUUCUAAAUGUCAAUCGAAGCGGUCUCGGUUAUUCGAAAAUCGAAAUCUAUUCAACUAUCGACUGCCAGCCAAUAGAAAUGGAGAUAAAACCGACCAAUCAGGUGCCGCCGGAGAUUAUGACGGAAGUCAAGAUAGAAUAUGACAGCUCGAACUCAGAGCACCUCCCAUUGGUCGAAAUUAAAAAACGGAAACCCGCCAAAAAGAUUAAGAAGGAAUUUAAAAAUAGAACUGUCAAAAAUGCGUCGUCGCUUCAGAAGCGGUACGAGGGAAAAAUUCGGAUUGUAUUACUGAGUGAAGAGGAAAUGUUGGAGGAAAGACAAGUUGAGGCUAAAAAGACAAGUUAUUUGAGACUUCCAUACAAAUGUGAUUUGUGUAUUACGGCUUUCGACCACGAGUUGACUUUGAAGAGUCAUAUAGAGACUAGGCAUAAUAAAUCUGGUGAAUACGAAUGUAAUAUUUGUAAGUCUCACCUCUCAACUAAAAUAUCAUUUGAUGAACAUUACAAGAGACACUUCAGACGAUAUGAAUGUAUUGAGUGCGGUAAACGAACAAACAACUUGUAUCCGCUACUCAAACACUACAAUGACAACCACGGACUCAUACAGAUGGAGUUCUCAUGUAAAACAUGCGAAUAUAAAACUGACAAAUACAGGGUGUUUCGAUAUCACCUCGAGAAACACAGGCAGAGUAAAGUUGAAUGUAACUUGUGUGGGAAAACGUUUGUUAAUAAUAAUGGACUUAAGACACAUCUGUAUACGGUCCACGCCCACUCGAGCCGCGUGUACAGCUGUGACAAGUGCCACAAGGUGUACCGCGCCAAGUCCGGUCUGAGCGCCCACCUCGCGACGCACUCCUCGCCGGUCUACUGCACCGACUGUGACACUCACUUCAGGACACCGCACGGUCUGAGACACCAUCUGAAGACGCACUCGAGACACGUGGUGGAUCAUGACAAGAGGUUCGUUUGUACAGAAUGUGAUCUGAAGUUCCUCACACCGAAGUCUCUGAGAGAACACGUGGACUGGGUUCAUUUAAAUAAUACGAAAUACGAAUGUGACUCAUGCUCGAAGGUUUUCAAAAACAAGAAUAGUUUGAAAAAACAUUUCCAAUACGUACACGAGAAGAAAAGACCUCCUAGGAAUAAAAUCUGUGACCAUUGUGGCAGAGCGUUUACUAUGGCCUAUCAAGAAAAUCUGCAAUUAUGUUAUGAAUGUACGGCUUUACUUGUGAAGUUUGCAUCUUUCAAGAAACAAGUCAUGCAAUCAUAUAGAGAUUAUAACGAUUUCAUAACAAAUCCAUUGCAACCUAUCCAACCGAGGUUAAGAUUGCAAAUAAAAGAAUUACACAACAUAUCAAACAGCCAGUCAGAUAUAUAUGAAGAAUCAACAGAAAUUAAGGCAGAGGAAAUCGAAGUUAAGGUUAAAAAUGAGUAUAGAAAAGAUUCAUUGAUUCAGGAAACAAGAGAAUACAUACAAGUAGAGUUAACUAGAGAUGAAAUAUAUGAAGAAAGGAAAUUGUUGGAGAUCGGAGAAGAUUAUGUGAACGCUAUGUUUAGAUGUGAGAAAUGUAUUAUGACUUUUCCUAACUCAGAAGACUUAGAAGACCAUGAGACUAAUAAACAUUUAUUGAACGCGUCAAACUACAAAUGCUCUAUAUGCACAUGUACAUUCGCUACGGAGUUCUCGUACAAUUACCACACGAACAAACACACGGUCAGGUACGAGUGCAGCGUGUGUGGACAGAGGUGUGUGAACAAACGGGACGCGCUGAGACAUUAUAAUAACACGCAUUGUGUUGGAAUGGACGUGGAAUUGAAGAAUAAUGACGAUGAGAAUAAUGAAUCGAGAGGUUCAGCCGGCGUCCAACAUUCGUGUGAGUUCUGUCCAAAGACUUUCAAGUGGAAAACAUCUCUGAGGAAACAUCUUGAAACACACAGCAUAGAAAACGGACAGAAAAGAAAACCUUAUUGUACGCCUUGCAGAUUAUCAUUCACUACAACGUCCAAUCUACAAAAACACGUCCGUACGAGCUCAAAACAUCAAAUACAGUUAAAAUUAAGGAAAUUAAAAGAAAUGAACAAUUCUGCUGAAAAACAGGACAAUAUAAAGGAAAAGAUUAAUGAAAUUAAAUCGUCUAUUAAUAAUUCGAGACAUCAGUUCCCCUGUAAUCAGUGUGACAAGCGAUUUCUAUGGAGAGGAAACUUAUUGAGGCAUCUACAGAGUCAUUUGGCUAAGGCGAAGGGCGACUUGGUGUGUGUGCCGUGUAACAGAACUUUUUCCUCGAUAGCGACCUACCAGCAACACAUGAAGAUUAGCAAGAAACAUGCCACCGAAAACGACUACAAGUUCAUGUGCAGCGACUGCGGCAAGAGGUUCCCGACCAAGUCGAAACUAAGAGACCAUAUUAACUGGGAACAUCUAAAGAACUACGUGUACACGUGCGACGAGUGUCAGAAGGUCUUCAAAACGAGCAACUCCGUGUACCUACACAAGCAGGCCGUACACCGGAAAGACGUCAUAGAACAUCUGUGCGACCACUGUGGGAAACCAUUUCCGAACGGCGCUAAACUCCGCGCCCACAUCCUCGGCGCCCACGGAGUUUCAGAGCAUGCUUGUGGUAGAUGUGGAGCGAGCUUCGCCUGGCAUUCAUGUUUAUCAAGACAUGUUAGACAAAAACACAGAGGAGGCAGAGUUAAUGGGGAAUAA